AGACUCUCAUACUGAAACGUCACUGGAUUAUUCUGACAGUUCAAUCGCUGCGCGACGCGCUUAUAAACAUUGAGAUUUCUCUUCAAAGGAUUCUCUCAAAAAUACUAGCGUAUCCUUGGAAACAAACGUGAAACUUGGAAAAGCAGUUCUCAGCUGUUGAGGAAGAUUAUUACACAUAAAGCCUUGGGGGAAGAGACAGUGGUUUAACUGGACGCUACUUCUUCUGGAGGCCCGAAUGGGGGGUGAUUUGAAGUCUUUCGCCCUGAAGCAGAGGGUGUUUCUGGUGAAGAACUACUACCAGUACAUGGGAGACUACCUGUGCGUGAAGACAAAAUAUGAGGAUCACUACAAAGACAGCCUGGAGUGUCCUGCAUUCUCCUAUGACAUCCUCAUGGAGAUCAUCAAUAUGUUCGAGAGGACAGGAAGCGUCAUCAAAACAGAGAGUUUUGGCGAGACAACUAUUCAAAGCCGACCAAUUGAGAGUGUCUUCCUGAGAGAAGAGGAUCCGGUGUCAACUGUGGGUGUGAAGGUGGAAGAUCAGAAGAAACAGGUCAUCUUCGAGGUGAUCGAUGCAAAUGAUAUGCUCUGGGAGUCAACAGCUGAAGAGUAUUCAGACCUCGAGUCAGACGAUGAGAAGCAGAAAUCCGCCAAGAGCAGUCAAUUGGAGCCUCUGCAUAAGCGUGUUUGCCACCCAUGCGAAAGAGUGUUCCGCAAAAUUGAGGAACUGGAGAAGCACAAUUCGGCAGUGCAUCGACAGAAGGCCACAACGAAGCCAACUCCUGCCAAAAGGAAGUGUCCAGCCUCGUCCCAGCAAGAUGUUGCCACUGUGAUGCUGCAUCCCUUGUACGACAACAAAUUCAGUGACAUUCUGCGGAAGCUGGAUCGGCUGUUGUGUAUUCAGAAGCGUCAGUCAGCGAGCAGCUCGCCCAGCACGCCCUGGACGUCCACCGCGCUCUACACGAGCAUCGAGGACGAAAUGGAUCUCAGAUUCCCCAUAAUGACCAAGGAGCAGCUGGCCACGUACAACAGCCGAUUGGCUGAUGCGAGCUACAAACAGAGCUUCAUCCAGGAGCUGAGCAAGGUGUGCGGAGUCUCCGGCACGGCGGACGGAACAAAAGUCGCUUACAGACUGUCGGAGCACAUGUUCGAUCGCGCGCUCCUCACUCAGUUUACCUGGACAGGGAAGAACAUGAACAAUAAAUUAAGCACCUCGGGGAAGGAGGCCUUCAGUCAGUACACACACUUCGUCGAUACCUACGCGGAGAUCGUCAGGCUGGCGGACAAUCAGUACAGCAACAUGGACAAUGAGAAAUUCUUCAAGGUAAAGCUCCUCAAGUAUGCAGGAUUUCGAUUGAAGCAAAAGCCUCGCUGA